AUGUCUUGUUCGCUGGUGGCCACCGGCCUGCCCUCCGCCGUUGGAGGCGAAACGCCGACUUUCAGCUAUGCUCGAACGGGUCACAGCGACGACUACUUUGGGAUUGCCGUGACCUACCUGCAAGGAACCAACACGUGCUACAGCACUCAACCACCAUGGACCCCAGUCAUUGUGAACACAGGGGCUUCGUUUACGCAGCCCUGCACGUUCGAAUACAUCGAGACUGCCACGCCCAGGUAUACCGGCAUCUACUGUUACAGCGUGUCGGUAACCAAUAUUCCUGACGGUCAACUCACAAUAUCCUACUCGGGUUACAGUGGACCUGCGGCCAGCACGCCAGCUCUCUUCUUUGCUCAGUUUGGACCGUCGCCAGCCCCAACCACAGCCACAGUCACUGUUCCACCAAUGACCUCAGGUGCCUCCUCAGCCAGCACCACCUCAAUGGCAUCCUCUUCAUCUACCACACAGGGCAUCCCGACUUUUACUUCAUUCGGCAACACUACAAUGUCAUCGUCACCUUCUACUACAUUGGGAACCUCAACCAGUACUUCCACCAGUACUCCAGUCAGCAGUUCGUCAACCGGUAGUUCAAGCAGCUCAAGCAUCAGUUCAAGCAGCUCAAGUAGCAGUUCCAGCAGCAGCUCCAGCAGUAGCUCUAGCAGCAGCACUUCAAGCAGUACUUCAAGCAGCACUCCAAGCAGCAGUUCAACCAGCAGCUCGACUAGGACCUCGACCAGCACCACCGCAACAACGUCAACCUCAACCUCAACCGCCAUGGCUAAACGCUCCAUAGCUAAACGUGCUGUAACCACUACGAUCUCAGUUCCUUACACAACAGUUACGCACACGGAUACUGUCAUCGUCACCAACUCAGUAACCUCAACCAGCACAGUUAGCAGUUGCAGCAGUAGUUAUGUUCCCACAUCUCAACCUCCGUAUGCUAGCUCGUCGCAGCCUCCAUACAUUGGCUCAUCCCAGCCUCCGUAUAUUGGUUCAUCCCAGCCUCCGUACAUGGGUUCAUCUCAGCCUCCGUACAUGAGUUCAUCUCAGCCUCCAUACGUUGGCUCGUCCCAGCCUCCGUAUGUUGGCUCGUCCCAGCCUCCGUAUGUUGGCUCGUCCCAGCCUCCGUAUGUUGGCUCGUCUCAGCCUCCGUAUGUUGGCUCGUCCCAGCCUCCGUAUGUUGGCUCGUCCCAGCCUCCGUACGUUGUUCCAUCCCAACCCACAUACGUUGGCCCAUCCCAGCCUACUUAUUCGGGCCCAUCUCAGCCUACAUACGUUACCCCGUCUCAGCCUCCUUAUGCAGGCCCAUCUCAACCUCCAGAUGCAGGCCCGUCUCAGCCCCCAUACGACGGCUCGUCCAAGAGUGGUUACGAAGGUUCUUCCAAACCCACAUAUGGAGGUCCAUCUGAGCCCCCAUAUGUAAAGCCAUCUAAGCCCUCAUAUGAAGACUCCCCUCAACCAUCAUAUGCAGGUCCAUCCAAGAGUGCCCAUGCAGAGCCUUCCCAACCCCCAUAUGCCGAGCCAUCUCAGCCAUCAUAUGCCGGCCCGUCGAAGAGUGAUUACGCAGAACCAUCUCAGCCGUCGUAUGCAGGCCCACCAAAAAGUGGUCGUGGGUAUCCUGCUCAACCUACAUAUGCAGGCCCUUCGCCUACAUAUGAAGGUCCAUCAAAGAGCGAUUACGCCGGCCCCCCCAAGAGCAGUCAUCAAAGCUCUUCCAAGAGUGACUACGAAGGUCCAUCCAAGAGUGACUACGAAGGUCCAUCAAAGAGUGACUACGAGGGCCCAUCCAAGAGUGAUCACCCAGGCCCAUCGAUGAGUGAUUACCCCGGUCCAUCGAUGAGCGAUUACCCCGGCCCAUCGAUGAGCAGUUACCCCGGCCCAUCGAUGAGCAGUUACCCUGGCCCAUCCAAGAGCGACCACGCAAGCCCCUCCAAGAGUGAAUACGCCGGUUCUUCUAAGAAUGAUUACGAAGGCCCAUCCCAGAGCAGCUACCCCGGUCCCUCCAAGAGUGAGUACGCUGGCCCAUCCAAGAGUGGUUACGAAAGCUCAUCCAAGAGCGGUUACGAAAGCUCAUCCAAGAGCGACUACCCAAGUCGCCCCAAGAGCGACUACCCCAGCCCCUCCAAGAGCGAAUACGCAGGCCCCUCGAAGCCCACAUACGCCGGUCCGGAGCCCACUCAUGCCGAGCCGUCCCAACCCCCCUACGAAGGCCCGCCCAAGAGUGAGUACGAAAAGAUGACAGUAUACCCCAAGGUGAAGCUGCACCGCAAGCGUGUCGUCCGCGUCACAAAGCACCACCAGAUCCAGAAGCGAGCAAACGCCGCCAACCCUGAUUUCACCUACACCCAGGACAUCGUCACCUCCACAGUCACCGCCGAUCCGGCUUCUACGACGACGACUGAGGUCACGCUUCCUGCUUCCACGACUACAACUGAGAUCACGCUUCCUGCUUCUACGACUACAGCUGAGGUCACAGUUACAGUUACCGCUACGCCUACCGACACUGGAACGAGCACUGUGACGGCGUCGUACAUCGCCACGGUAUCGGCUACUGACACCAUCACAUCGACGACUACCAUCGUGGACCAGGCCACCAUCACCACGUGCCCUACGAUGAUGAUGACUCAGUUCUAG